AUGCUGCUACUAUUUGCAGUGGCGCAGGUAGCAGCGUCCGAGAUCAACUGCAACGGUAACGUAACAAUCCAGAACGGCGAAGAUGCGAAGAACGUGCGAGAAAAUUGCAAGACGAUUGCUGGGACUCUCCUUCUGGACAUAUUCGAAACCUGCAACUUGGAUGGCCUAGAGGAAGUCCAGGGAGACGUAGUGCAUGAUUGCCCCACAAAGCAACUGGGACUAGAUUAUUGCAUGGACGCAUCCACAACCUUCACCAUAAGCAGCUCUACUUUGAGAAGCAUCAAUGGCUCAUUGAGGUUUUAUUAUUAUCGGGGAAUCGAAAAACUGGAUUUCCCCAAACUCAACAAGGUCCAGGACAUCAGCCUAUACACACCUUACAACCUUACACACAUCAAUUUUUCCAACCUAGAGUACUUCGAAACUUUUUAUCUCAAUACGCCGAGUUUGAUAGAGCUGCAACUCGAUAAAUUUAAGGAGUUCACAUCUAGACCAUACGUCAACAUUGAGAACACUGGAAGGCUGGAAUCCUUGGAUAAAUUCUUUCAGAAUCCAGUGAACCCCUACAACUUUUACCAUUGGGAAGCUAGUUCUACCUUUGUCCAACUUCACCUGCUCACUGUUCGAAAUCUGACUUUUGGAUGGACACUAAUGCCGUCGUUGGUAAUCGAAGCCAAAAGUCCGUUGACACUCACCUUGGGUGGUCCUGAAACUGAAGAAAUGGAGUUUGAAGGCACACUCGAGAUUGGGGCUAACGUUUCAGCCAUCAAUCGUCACGAGAAUCUGAAGAAUUUGACGGUUAAUAGUUUUGAUUUGUCGCACAACACCCUCACUGACUUCGAUCUCUCUUUUCUCGACCAAGUUGCAAGCGUGGUAGUGUACAAAAACCCUCAACUCCGCCAGCUGAGGCUUCCAUCUACAGCGCAAUCAUGGAAGAACCUUUCUCUUAUCAUCUGGUAUAAUGAUAAUCUGCUACUCUCUCCUGUAAAGAAUGGGAGUGAAGAGACUAUUUGGCACUGGCCAACCGGCGACAUGUCAUCCGUGAGAAUACGUGCCAACAUAACAUCUGAUUUCUUGUAG